AUGACCUUCUCGUGUGAACUCGCAUCCAGCUUUCUGGACUUCGACAGAGAUCGGAGUUGUAUCAACUUUCUCGAUAGCGAGAAGCAGAGUAUCGUGCAUGCCCUCCUGACUGCAUCUGAGACCGACGGCGGAGCCGGACUUAACGAGUCCUGCCCAGUGGCUGCAAGACACGUAGUUCAGAUGUACCCGCUCCACAAGCAGGACCUGGCGCUGUUGAAGACUCGGUGGGUGACAUUCUGGCGGGCCUCGCUGCUUACUGCCAAGCAUGAUCACGAUCAAACUCAGAACCCAAACUUCCGGUGCCUAGUUGUCCGAAGUGUACUGCAUCAGCCGCUGGAUGACGUGGCGCAGUACUUCGGCGAGCGCGUAGCAUUCUACUUCGCGUGGAUGGAAAUGUACACGCGCUGGCUUGUGGUCCCCAGUGUUGCAGGCGUGGUGUUGUUCGCGCUGCAAGUUCACUCGCAACACCUCGAUCACCCGGCAGCACCAGUUUACGCUGUUUUCAUGGCGCUAUGGACGUCAGCUUUCAUCAUUGCCUGGAAACGGCGAGCGGCAGCUCUGGCCUACCGUUGGGGGACUUGGGGGUACGAAGAUGAAGAGGUCACGCGUCCAGAGUUUUAUGGCGAGGAUGGGAGCAACAAGUCUCAUGAUGACAAGGAGACCGAUUACCAGAAACCGGUUGAAAGGCGCUACCCACUCUGGAAGCGGCUUCUCAAGUACAGCGUCACGAUGCCCUGUGUAGCUGGAAGUAUCGCUGCGGUGGUGACGCUCGCCUACUAUGGUUUCUCUACUCGCGACAAGCUUGAAGCUCAGUCCCUUGCUACGAAGCACGAAGCUGCGGAAAUUGCUGACAAGAUCAAGAGGUUGAGAACAAUCACGUUAGAAGAUAUCCAGCAUUUGGCGCGCCUAGGAGUCCGAUGGGAUUUCUGGGUCUACCUUCUCCUCACCCCACUUCUCUACGGAUUGUUGAUCCCCGUGCUCGAUGCUGCGUUUACCCGAGCAGCGCGAUCGCUAAACAACUGGGAGAACCACCGCACCGAGUCCAGGUACCAGAGCCACCUCAUCCUCAAGGUCUUCUCCUUCCGGUUCGUGCACGUCUUCGCUUCGUUGUACUACUACUCGUUCGCGCCACACGCCUCCAGCUCCGGCUCAAAUACCGAUGGGGAGUCCGCAGCUGCAACAAGCGACGGCAUGGUCCGCGUUGCUAUUCAGCUAGCCUCGUUCAUGGUAACGGGGCAGAUCUGGAAGAACGUCAUGGAGACACUCUACCCAUUUGUGCGUCGGCGGCUCGAUGCCCGCGCAAAGAAGCAAAGCAGCAACGAGCAGUUCAACCAGUCCACAGUCUUCAGCGGCGCCGGCGCAGCGACGGCACCCCGAGGCCCCAGCCGCCAUCGUGGCAGUCUCACGACAUCCACCAAGCUCGCGCCUGAGGCUGUGAUGAGCACCAACGCCGUGAUCCACGAGCAGUGUGUGCGGCUGGAGCAAGCGUCCGACCGCGCGUGGGAAGAGGCUGGACUGAAGCAGUACGACACGUUCGAGGACUACACCGAGAUGCUGGUGCAGUUCGGCUACGUGUCCUUCUUCUCUCUGGCGUUCCCCUUGGCGCCCUUACUGGCGCUGCUGAAUAAUGUACUGGAGCUACGCACCGACGCCUUCAAGCUCUGCCACACGCGGCAGCGGCCGCUCGCGCACAAGGCCAGCGGCAUCGGCGUGUGGCUGCACGUGCUGCAGGUCAUGAGCGUGCUGGCCGUGCUCACCAACUGCUUCAACUUGGCGUACUCCACGUCGCUGCUGGAGCGCGCGUUCCCCUCCGUCACUCCCACGCAGAAGGUGUGGAUCGUGUUCGGCAUCGAGCACUUGUUGCUGCUGGUCAAAGUCUGGCUCGACUGCGUCGUGCCCUCCGUCCCGCACGAGGUCUCGGAGCGUCUGCGUCGGGAGCGAGAGCUCGCCAAGCACGAGAGCGCGCGCGCAAUGGUCGCGCAGAUGCUGAAGACGGAGGCCGACGCCAUCUCCGCGAGCGACAGCUCCGACAUGAGCAAGCAGGGGUCGAUGCGGCGCCGGUCAUAG